GUUAGGGAGUAAGAGACCCGAUCUAGGGCGAUCAGCGCGGUGUAAUAAUUGCUUGCCCUGGUUAGGCGCUACGCCCACCCUUUCGAUUGGGCUUUUGAAAUUGAGUAGUGUAAAUCCUGUUAUUUCGCUAACUGCUUUUGACAGAUGGAAGAGAAAAUCUCCGAGAUAUUUAGUAUUUAUCCAUUACUGCUUUAUUAAAAAGACUAACCACCAUCACUAAGAUACCAUGUUCUGAAAAGCAUCGAUGAAUUUUCUCUUUAGUUGCUGACUGCAAAUGUCAAAAAGUUAGUGAAUAGGCUUGGAACUUGGAUUGGAAUAGGCCAGUAGUUGUUUUUUAAAUUUUUUUUCUUACCCAUUCUGGGAAGGCAAGCCAGUAGUUUGUUGUGUUGGUCACAAAGAUUACUAACAUUUAUAAGAAGUGUUUGGUUGUCGAUUCUGCUGGCUAAGCUGAAUUCCAGUUUUUGUUCGAUAAAAUAAGUAAUAAUUAAGUAACUAACAGUCAGUGUUUAAAAAGGUGAUCAAGAUUUUAGUGUUCAUGCAUUGCAAUUCAACAGUGAAGGAUGGAUCUCUUACAAGGCGAAAACACUCAAUCCAUAAUUUGUGUAGAAACAACUAUUCUCUCAGAAGAUGAAAAUUCUAAGGAUAAUGAGAUUUCUACUAACUGUGGUGAUGCAGAUUUAGGUUCCUCUCAAAUAAAGCCUGUAAAUGAAGACUCGCAGGAAAUUCAGGUUAUUGCUGAGGAAACCCCACAAGAAAAACAUAGAAAAUCAAACCCAUUAUAUGAUCAUGAUGAUAAUAAACCAAAAUUUUAUAACGUAAAGGGUAACAUAGUUACUCCGACAUUGAUAACGAAAAAUCUUCCAGAUCAAUUCAAUUCAUUGCCUAUUUAUGGUUACCCCAAUAAUAAUUUAGAAUUGCCUACAUUUUACAGAAAUAAAUUAAGAGAAUUUGUAGGGCAUGACUUGAAUGAUGAGGAGUUCGAUAAUCUAUCCGAUUAUUGCAGCCCUCAUCAUUUAAGAACAGGUGACGAGUUACAGAUGUCGACAAAUUUUCCUACAUCUGGGUAUCCUUCACUUAAUAUGCUCAAUGAGAAGAAGAUUAUUGAUGAAUCAUCAAAAACGUCAGACAGUGCAAAGCUUUUUAUACACAAGAAAUUAGAACUUCGUAAUGAAAAUGAUACAGGUGGUUUAUAUGUAAAGAAAUUAAAAUAUAGAGGUAUCAGGUUCCUGCCAUUUCCAACAGAAGAUGCUAAUAGCUCAGAUGGAGCGGAAAAUAAGCCACAAGAGCUACAUCCGGGCAAAGACAUGAUGUUCCGAGUUCGUAUGUACAGAUCAUAUCAUCAAGCAAAUGGGCGGCCACAACUCAAGUCGGUGAUGCGGCGCUCCGUGUUCAGCUGCGACGCGAUAGUGUUGGGUCGGCAGGCGCUGUCCGUGCUGCGAGACCGGUUCGUGUGCGCCAACGACGUGGGGCUGCGGCUCGACCACUCGCGGGACCCCGACAACUUGCCGCAAACCAACGCCAAGACAUUGUUUCCGUCCGGGUUCCUGUUCAUAAACAACGUGUUCUACGUUGACACUCGGGACGGGUGCUCCGACCACAGCUCCCCGAUCCGCUCGUGGGCCACCAAGCGCGGGCUGGGGCACUUCCCCUGUCGCGACAUGUGUGACACGCUCGUGCAACACGUGCCUCUGAGGCUGGGGCACCCUGAGGUAUACAUGCACCAAGGUAACUGUGAGCAUCUGUUCACAUUCUCCGAGGUCCGCCUCUUAGGGCCCCGCGAUCCCUUACUAUUGUCCCAUUACCCGUUACAUCGGUCGCAUUCGCAGCACCACUCCGUAUACUGUACCACGUGCGCAGAGUUCUGCGCUAAGUGGAUUGUAUCGAAUUGCCCUCGAGUGCCCUUCGACCCGGCCUUCUUCUGCGACACUUGUCUCAAACUGUACAUGUAUGUCGAUGGCAAGAAAGUGGGUGACUUUAAAGCGUAUUCCUUUAGGGGCAACGAGUUGAACACUCUCAAACCGCAGGGAUGACGUACUGCGAUAUUUUAAUGGUUUGGCGAGUCUAUAAGGACACCCGGCAUUUUGUGCCAAAGUUGUAUACUUUUUUAAUUUUUUUAUCUGUGUUUCAUAAUUUGGUAACGUAGUCUGGCAAUAUUUGUCAUCAGCAGCUAGCUGUCAAUGUCAAAUAGUGGCCAGGUCACAGAAAUGUCACUGUGAAAUCUUUAUGAGGCAUACGUGAUCGCGUAUGUGACUGUGGUCUUUACUAUGAUAGUAUUAGAGUCGAUUUUCGCCAAUAACAAGCAUUUUUUUUGUGAUUGAAUGAUGAAAUUAUGGCUCUUGUAUUUGUUGUCUUUUAUCAUAAGAGAUUAAAACAGACCUGCUAUCUUCGGAUUUUCUUGGAUGUGAAAUAAUUACGGCAGUAAUACUUUUAACGCUGAUGAUUUUAAACUGUAUUUUUUUUUAAAUAAAUUUACAAAGCUAGUCAUAGCUACACCGAAGUAACUUUGAAUCUUAGAUUAAAACAAAAAGGGUAGAUACGGUACGCUCAUACUAGCGUGGCGGCGACAUCUACAUGCCCUACAUAUAUACAACGGAUGGAGGAAAUCAUUACUCACCAUUCUCAAGAGAUGGCGAUACCUGCACUGCGGUCUUAAUAGUAUGGAAGCCUACAUCGCGCAAAUGAAAUUCGGAGGCUAACGCUUCAUAUAUAGGAUGCCCGACUAACACCAGUCGGGCCGCGGCCCCCGAGCUAACAUCACCCAGCUCGGAGGAAGAUCUUCCCCUUUGGCCUUCCGUCAACUAGCUAACUAGCGUCAACUAAAAUAUGAUCCGACUCAACUACAUAAGCAACUGUCACACACGCACACGUCUGUAUAUAAACAUUCAGUCGAGCGAGCGAGACAGAACUAUAAGCUUCAACGUAGCGCGAGCGAAACGGCGAGUCCGUGUCACAGUCCGAGCGGCUGUGCUGUAUUGUUGUUUGUUUCUUAAUAAUAAAAUGGCGAUUACUUAAAUAACAAUAAAUAAAUAUUGCCAACACUCACACCAAUUAGCCUAGCUCCAAAGUAAGCACUAUAAGGCAAGGCUAUGUAGGGUAACGGAUAGAAUACAUA